UGUGUUGGUUGGCAGAGAGUGCUUGUCAAAAAAACCUUCCUCUGACAGAAGGCAUGAUUCACAGCAGAGAGAGAGGGAGACAAGCAACAGAAAAAGAGAAAAACGGCAGAGAUAAAGAGAGAGAGAGAGAGAGAGAGAGAGAGAGAGAGAGAGAGAGAGAGAGAGAAACGACAGGGGCAGAGAUGCCGGUAAGAAAAACAAAUGAAGAUGCUGAUUUGAGGCAGAAUGACAAGACAUUACAAGGAUGGGACUGAGAACGACGGACUGGAUUGACUGAUGCCUUUUAACUGUGACCAUGUUGAUAAGAGACAGACAACGGUAAUUGACAAACACAGCCAGAAUGUGAGGAGAAGCUUUAACUGGAUUCAAACCAUCCACUGUGCUCGGUCUUUCUGUCACUCUGUGUCUGACUGACUAACGCUCCAUUGGAUAAAGACUUAAUUGGCUCUGAACAGACAGCCAGAACAAUAAACAACCAGAACAAAUUCAAAUGCAGUCAUGCUGGGAAGAUAGUGGGAGAGAAGAUGAGCCAAGAACAGUAACCCUGUGGACAUAAAAAGUGGACAUAUUUUGUUUUGUAUUUUCAUGUUUUUCUUCAAACUUGGUUGGAAUAUUUCUUGAAGUAGGAGUGCAUCUCCAAAUUUCAUCUGGACAUGUUAUUUACUUUGUUUUUAUGUCAUGGAGCUUUUGACAAGUGGAUUUUUUUUCAGCAAUGCCAUACUUUGAUCAAAAGAUUGUCCUGACUUCUCAUUAAAACAGAAGGAAUAUGCUUCAGUACCAGAAAAGAAAAAGCAAACAUUUUGAAUUUGAUAUUUAUCCAGUUCUUUUAUUUUGCCAUGGCCCUCUCGAAGCCAGCUGCCAUGCAUCUUGCACAUUCUGAAAUUUAUUUUGCAAGCAAAAUUUUUCAGAAUUAGUAAAAUUAACAAAUUCACAAUUCACUCUUCAAACUUCAGACGUGCCUCCCACCAACCCCUCCCACCGUCAGCCAUCCGACCAAUCAUGGGCAAGCCUCUUAGCCGUCCUGGGUGUUUCAGGAAGAGCUCCUGCUGCCUGGAGAAACAUGGAGCUGGGGAUGGGGGAGUGGGAGGGCGAGCUAGGGCAGUGGAAGGGGGAUACGGAGAUGGCUACAUACCCCAACGGUCCAUCUAUGAUACCAUGUGCAUCAAUCAACAGAUUGACAGCCAUGACCAUCACCCUGGAGGGUCCAUAAGGCAAGACUGUGGAGGUGAGGGGAGUUUUAGUUACUCUGCAAGUGGCUCCCUGAGGGUUAGCAGGUCUCCAGCUGACAUGUUUGAUCCACAGCCCCGCUCUUUAACUCCCAACCCCUCAUUUGUACGGCGACUAGACGAACGAGCCAUCUAUGAUUCAUUGAAGCUUGGGGGUCAGGAUGCUGAUGGUAGCAGCUGCCAUUCACCAGGACGUUUCACCCGAUCAGUUUCUCCCUCUGUGUCCUCGUUCUCAGCGCCGGGAGUGUCCUCCUCCUCAUCCAAAAAGCACCACCAUCACCACCACCAUCACCAUGGAGACAGCACAAAGAGUAGAGAUGGCCGACAUUCCUGGAAGGUCUUGACACCUCCAAAACACCUGGAGUGUCUGGAGCUUACUACAACUGAAAUGAUGGACACAGGAGGGGGGUAUCUGAACCCAGGGCACUACCCUCCCCAUGGGGGCCAGUCCUCAUCUCUUACCUCCCCCCUCAUUUCCCCCUUCUCUGGCUCACCUCUCUCUUCGGGUUACCAUACACCGGUCUUUUUCUCCCCUGCCAAACCUCGCCCCAGUCAGACUCAGAGUUUGCGCUGUUCCCCUCCCCAGGUUAUCCAGCCACGGCAUUACUCCCAAACCCAGAGCCUCAGGCUGUCACCACCCCAUGAGCUUAGACGAUCCCCCUACCGUGCCCCGCUGGUCCAACUGUCUGCUCACGACCUUGAGCAGGACCUGAGGGAUCGAGGAGGAGGAUGGGGCCGGAAUGAGCGAGAAAGGGAGUGGGAGAGGGAGAGAGAAAGGGAGAUGGAGAGAGGGUGGGCCCAGCGAGAGUGGGAAAGAGAGAGGGAGAGGGGGAGGCUGGAGAGGGAGAGGGCGAGGGAGAGGGAGAGGAGGGAAACAUCAACUUUUGGGACCUUUGGGUAUGGUCGACCAGUUCCUCUGCGUUCAAACAGAGACUCUGUGUUUUUAGAGCCCGAACAGGUUCUAGACACAACACCCCUGUUGCUCCCCCAGCCCUCACCUUCACCCUCCCCCAGUGCUGCCCCCAGAAUGGGCACCGGUGCUGUGGGUAGGAAUAGAGCUGGGUUAAAGGUUGGCCAUGAAAAUGUAGGUGGGGGUAUGGUUUCCAAGUUUGACAAUGGAAGUGUAGGUUUGGUGUUAGUUGACAGCAAAUCUGGGUGUGGGCCAAGGUUAGUAAGUGAAGUUGGAGCUGGAAACAUGUCACAGGUUGAAAUCAGGGCUGGAAUACAAGAACACCAUAAAGCUGAAAGUUGGAACAAAUAUGACAACGGAUCCAGGGCUAGCAUUAAAAAUGGGUCUGAAACAAGAAUGGGCUCUCAGGUGAAAACAAGACCAGGGGGAUGGGAUUUGGAAGGAAAAGUGCAAUCUGGGGUGGAGAUAGAAAAUAUGGCUCCAGCUGUAAACAAGGAGGGACACAAGGGAGGUACAAGAAGUGGAGAAAAAACUGGAAGGGGUGUGGCUAAACCAGAACCUAUUGCUGAGGAUAUACCUUCAACUGUGAAUAACAUUGAGAACAGGGUUGGGCCUGGAGAUAAAGUUGAGAUUGGAGCUGGAUCUGGUCCGGGAAUGAAGCCAGAGAUUGAGGCAGGGGUUGAGGCUAAAGCUAGUUCAAGGCAGGUGGAGAAUAUGACUGGAACAGAAGCUGGAGGUGUAGCUACAGUUAACAAUGAGGUUGGUUCAGCAGCAGUAGUAGAGUCCAGAGUAGAAGCUAAAGUUGAGACAGAAGUUAAGAUUGCUCCUACAUCUGAGCCUGAGGCAGUACUAGAAGCCGGGGUUAGUAAUGAGACAGGGACUAAGAGUAAUACUGAGACUGGUAGUGUCAGUGUAAUCCAGAACAGCAACAAGGCUACAGAUAAAGCUCAGAUAAAUGUUGUGGCUGUGGAUAAAACUAAUACUGCCCCUGCAGAUCAGGCAGAGAAAAAACCUUUGGACAUCGAUAAAAUUGAAUCUAGCCAUGUAGAGAAAGGUUCCAGAUCCCAGAAGUCCAAAUCAUCCAAGUCCAGCUCCAGGACUCGACCAGGCACAGCCACAGGGCUCCGACCAGGCGUGGUUAGCCCACGACUAAGCAGAGGGCUUGGAGACCUUGAGUCUACAGGCCCCGCUGAGGGCAUCGAGUCCACUUGGCCUCGCCGAAUCAUUGUCAGAAAGAGGACUGUUCGGCAGGGUGGGGCACUCCACAACCUCCCUAUUCUCCCCCCACUCCCCUCUGUCCUCUCAGCAUUGGAAAAGAGGCGCCCGCAUUCCCACCUCCACCCCCGUCCAGGCCACUUUUCAGACAACCCGCUAACAAAUGUAAUGAAUAUUACAAGUAUUGUGGGACGAUGCUCACUUAAAGAGCCCUCGAAUCCAGAACCAGGACAGGGGGCAAAUUUGGUGGGUAGGGCUUCCCUGAAGGAGCAGAACUUGGAGCAGUGGAGGGUCUGCAGAGAGCAGGAAGAACCCAGGACAUCCAGGAGCAAGGAGAAACAAGGACAGCAGAAUAAGGAGAAGACUGAAAGGGAUGAGAGGAAGGGGAAAGAAGAGAAGAGAGACAAGGAGAGGAGAGAAGAGAAAGACAAAAGGGAGGAGAAAGUGGUUAAGGAGAAAGAAAGGGCUACUGUUAGUGAGGGACUGGUGGAGGAAACCAAACAAGAAAAGUCAGAGAGAAGGGUUGAAUGGAAAGAGGAUGGAAACAAAAAGGAAGAUGUUGAAAAGGAAAAAGAUGUAGCAAUAAAGUGUGAAAAGGUGAAGGAUAGAGGAAUAAAGAUUAAAGAUGGAAUACAAGAGUGGCAUGGACAAGAGUUGGAGGAGGUGGUGGCUAAAUUAAGGAAAGAAGAAGGUGAGGUGGAGGGAGGAGAAGGAGGGACAUUUGGAGAGGAAGGGGGAAUGGAGAGUUGGGACGCUGUCCUUGAGAUGGUCACCACAUUAUGGGAUGACGGCUGGGAGAAAGGGGGAGCGAGAGGAGGAGAUGAUACAGAUUCCUUCUCGGGUUCCCUUCAACACUGGCCUCUUCUCCGCCCCCCGAUUGGCUUUGGGGGCUCCCACCCCCCCUCCUCAGCAGCCUCGGAGCUCAGCCUGACAGAGUUAGAAAGGAGAGCCAGGGAGCUGGACUCUGACCUAGAGCACCUAGACCUUUCUCAGCCCCAUAGGGACACCCAGGAUUUAUACCAAACACUGCUGGAGCCACAGAGGGAACGAGCUGACAUGUAUCAAACACACCCUGGGCCGCAGAGAGAGAAAGCUGCUCUCUUGACCGGAGUGGGGAGCAGAUCCCAGGUCAGUUUGGAGCUCAGUGCUAUGGCCUCACCAGCUAUAGACACAGACAGACUUCCUGUUGACUGGUCAACCAAAUCUGCUGGAACUUCCACUAUUGGCACAAGCUCCACUAAGGAGGACAGCUCUCCAGACUCCAACGUUACGCUGGAGUCCGAUUCCAGUGGCGUCUUUCUCUCCUUAUCCAAUCAGAGCCAGGAGGAGGCUGGCUCUGACAGCGACCAGCCAAUCAGUGGCUCCGACCUAGGCAGCAGCAGCACGUCACUGGAGAAAGAUGGGGACGAUGCAGGGUUAAAGGAAUGGGGAAGGGAGGAGAGUGCAGAGCUACAGUGGUGCUACCCAUCACUCCUCAACACUUCCUUGCAUGAAGACAUAGAAGGAGAUGGUGAAAGAGAGGAAGCAGGGUAUGAAAAGAUGGGGGAAGAUGAAGAGAGAGGGAAAGAUGAGAAUGGAAGGAGAGUUGAUAAGAUAGGAAUGGUUUCAGUUCAUUCAAUUAAGACCCCACUCGACCAUACAGACGUUGAGGGCUCCACAACUCUAAAUGCCCCACAAAGUGAAGAAAUACCACAUAGGAAAAAAGUGACCCUUAUGGGAAGUCCCCCUCUUCCUCUGUCUCCCUCAAAACAACAAAUCAAACACCUUCUAGAUCCUAAUCAAAAAGCAAUCAGAAGCUCAGGACUGGACUGUGGUGACUUAGAUCCCUUUGUCCAAUCUGACAGCUUUGUUUACCUUGCCGUGUCUGCAAGACCUGCCUCCCGGGGUGAAGUCACCUCAUUGACAGAAGUUCCCACCCAUGAUACAAAACAAGACAGUGUACGGCAACAUUCAGAUAGCAUGAAAACACACUUGGACCAGUGGAAUACAGAACGGGAUGCCAAACCGACUCACCUUGCCCCACAAAAACCAGAGGAAGGAGACUUUCUGUGCACUGACAGUUUUGUCUAUUUGGCUGCUCCAGCCUGCCUCCUACUGGGCCCUGCAGGAACCGCACCCUACAGUGGCAGGGAGUCAGACUCAGAGAGUUCAGGAUCUGGCCCUGUUGAUCUGUCAGUACUUGGUUGUGGCUCAGUGGCAGGGGAUAGUGACUGGGACUCAGACCUGUCCGAUUCUGAUCCCAGUCGCUCCUCCAGAAUCUCUGCUGCUGGUAACAAAUCUUCCGGCGGGGCACGGCCCAAGCGACUGCCUGCUGAACCGGGCUGGGACUUGUUCGGAGAAACCACUGAACCUGAAGUGCUGAGUGAGCUCUUCACUGAACAAGACAGAAACACCAAUGGCAAAGCAAAGAAGGUUACCGGGGUUACCACCAGCAUGACAGUGACACAAGCCAUUCCAAUGGCAACUCAGCCUGUCACUUUGCCAAUGAAGCCGGUGACAACAGUAGAGCAGUCGUCAACAUCAAAGAAGGUGACAUGGCAGUUUAAACCAGCCCAGAGGUCAGUCUGUACAGGAAGCAGAAAGGAGAAAGAGAAGGAAGUGACAUCAUCAUCAUUGGUAAGGUUCAUGGAACUGGGAGGAGGCGAGACCCAUAGACCCUCCCCUUCAUCUUCAUCGUCUUCAUCAUCAUCACCGUCGUCAUCCUCUUCUGGUUGAUUUGUGAAGGAAAUGGUUUUUGUUUGAACAUUUAGAAGGAGCUUUCAUUGCCUGAGGCUGAAUUGGUUGCAGAAAGGUAGAAAAGAUCUUGUUCUGUAGAAACUGAUGGCUGGAACAACUUUUUUCCCUGUCAGUUUUGAAUUUUGCAUCUAGCUGCUGCCAUUGCCUUCUCAUGACCUUAUAAAGGCUGCAAAAAAGACCAGUUAAUUGUUGCAUUUUCUUAGAUUAGCCUACACAGUAUCGUAUAUAAUCAGUUUAAGUUUGAGACAGUGUGAGACUCAGGCUAAACAGAAACCUUCAGGUUGAGACUGUGGAAAUACGGCCACUGACAGAACACUUAGGUAAGAUAUGCACGGUGUCACUCCUAAUGGGUUUUAUCAGCAGUCAAAUUUUGAAACAGGGUUGAUUUAUUAGUUACACAGUCACAUUUUUCUCUAUCUAAAUAAUAAAUAUUAAUAGUUUUGUGGGGUUUUUUUUCUAUUGAAUGUACUGUACAGGAUAUACACAACAACAAGGAAAAUCCACCCUAAAACAGAAUUCACAGUAAUUUGGCUUGGUCACCUGUAUUGGUCACCUGUAUUUACACAUUAUUACAAUGUUGAAAUUCAGUUACAGUAACACAUAAAAAUAAUUACAGUGGGAGAAAAAUAUUGUGUUAUUGGUUUAUAAAGAUCUAACGAUGUUAAUGUGUCUCAAAUUACACUUUGUUCCCCAUUUAAUGCAUCACUUUAACACCUGCUCUUACUACUUAUAUGUAUUUUAAAAACUGACUUUUAAAAACCGAAUGAGGUUGAACUUUACAGUGUACAAUGUAUUUUAUAAUCACAUCCAACUUUACAGUGUAUUUAAGUGUGUCAAUAAUAUAUUUUAAUGAACAUUGAGAUAAUUAUAGAGUGAAAUAUAUGUGAUGAAUGUGCAAACAUGAACAAAUAAUGGAAGGAUUUAGUAAUAGCAUUUAAUUUAAAUGUUUUAUUCACCAAUUAGAUUUUAAAUUGCGAAUGUAAUAAUUGAGCAAUAUGCUUACAGAUUCAUGCUAUAUUUCAUGUUUCAUAUGUAGAAAGUGUUGCCUGAGUGACGUAUAUAAUAAUGGCUGAGUUUAAUUUUAUUCAUACAGCCAAAUAUUAAUUGUAAAUGCAGUCUUACACUCAUUUAGAGGUUCUAUUUGUAACAUUUCUAAACAUCUGAUAUGAACAUCAUUUCUUGGUAUAAUUGACAUAAACAAUAAGACCUUGGUUGAGAUGAACUCCAGUGGUAUUUUUAGUACUAGUCCUGAGACUUCACCUCCCAUGAUCCCCUACUUACAGAAGAGGAUAAACAUGUUGGAGAUGAUUUUUCCCUACUUGCCUCUCACCCCCCUCCACCAUUUGUCACUGUUUGCGCUGAAAGUAAAGCAAUCCAGAAGAUUUCCCUUCAAAUCCAGCACACAAUGUAAAAUGCAGUGUGGAGGCUGGUAGAGCUGCCAAUCAUCCGAGCAGUGGUCUUGUUGUUGAGUAAUUAUACUAAUGUCUCAAAAUGAAUGUGGUAAUCAUUUACUGAUGUUAAAAAUGAUACAUGUAGCACCUACAUAAGAGAGCACAGUGCUAUCAGAUUUGUUUUCCUACAAAUAUCCAUAGAAAUGUGACAAAGGGAAAGUGGCAGGUUAACAAAUUAUUGUCAGUUACACAAUAAUAAUUCUUGUUACAAUAUGGUGUGGUUAUGAAAGGAUGUGUGGGAAGUCAUGGCCUGACAGGCAAAUUGCUUCCGAAGCAGGUUUAGUCAUGAUAUUUUAAAUUUGCACUUGAAUUUCAAAUUGGGCAGUGAGAGGUAACUGAUUGAAUUUUGACAACUUCCAGGUCAACUAAAUGUGUCUUAGUGUGUGUUUAGUGUUGAGAGUGAAGGUGAUGGCAUUAGAAUUUGGAGGGUGAAUCUACUGUGGGGAUGCUGUUGCCAUAUUUCUUGAUUUAGAUUGAUGGGGUAAGAUGGGUGUUUUUUUUUUCUUUUUCACGCAAAAUGAAAACUGUUGCCUUGCGCAGCUUUAACUGCCAUUAUGAACACUGAAAUGCUCCGCCAGUCCUUAUUCUUGAUGAUGAUCCUCUGUGUAAACCAACAGAAUUUGGUAGAGUCCUAAAUGCACCUGUAAGGUUCAGUGAUGGAUUUAUUUCUGGUGCUUUUGAGCACAGAUUUACAAGCACAUCCACAAAAAAAUUACGUGCUCUGUUAGCAUAUCUGUAUUUUUUAAAGCUGCAGGAUUGUCAGAAUGUCUUAGGAAGUAAAUGUUAAUCAGGACUGAACUAAUGACUGACAAAGGUUUAAAAUGACCACAGGUCAGGUGUGAAGACAUUUCGGCAUGGCCGGCUAAACCUGUCAGGGGGGCCCAUGGGCACAAAUUUACUGUUGGGCCCCUUUUGACGCCCCCAUGGCAGGAGAAACCAACCAGUACUCCUGUGCUGGAAUAAUGCUACUUGGCCCCAGGUUUUUCGUGUGUGUCAGUUUGUGGUAAUUUGAUUACACAUAUUUAGUAGGAAUGUAUACCAUAUAAACACAAUAGGGUGUGUUAGCCUCCGUGAAAUCCAUUACAAUCAUGGAAUGUACAACUUGCAGUGUUAGGCAAGUUACUUGAAAACUGUAAUCAGUUACUCAUUACUCACUGAAAAAGUAAUUACGUUACUAAUUACUCAGCAUCAAAAGUAAUGCAUUACAUUACUUGUUACUUUACUAGUCUGCCCGUCAAAGGUGCCUUUAAACAACUCCAAAUCCUCCGCACUCACACAUCUUUUGUAUUUAACACGUGUAGAAAUUUAAAAGGAGGCAUUGUGAUUUAACAAGCAGGCAGGCCUACAAUUAGGAGAGAUUUACUGACCAACCAGCAACUAGCUAAAGCCUUGGUGACCACACACAGCACUCCAUACUGUAAAGUCCUGACCUCAACUGUGCAGUUCACACACCCUCCAACUCUACACAAAACUAGGUGAUUUCUGAGUGUAGCCAUACCCGUGGCUAAUGUUAGUAAGCCAGCUAAGAACACCCAACAUGUGAUAUUAUAAAGAGUAUGGUCUAGACCUGCUCUAUAGGAAAAGUGCAAUGAGAUAACUUCUGUUAUGAAUUGGCGCUGUAUAAAUAAAACUGAAUUGAAUUGAAUAAGACAACUCACUCCUCUUUUGGUACAGGCUAACCUCCUUCCCACACCUCAAGGCCCUGCACCAAGCUAGCACUUCCUGGACUAGAGAGACCAAACUGAUAUAACCCACCAUCUAACUCCUGGUAAGACAGCAAACAAGCUGAUGCCCAAAUGUCAAAGUAACAGAGUGUUACUAGGAUUCGUAACUGUAAUAUUACUGUUAAUUACUGAAUUUCAAAUUGUAAUUCCUUACACUAUUCAUUACUUUUCAUAGUACUGUAAUGUGUUUCUAAGUAAUUUGUUACUGCCCAACACCUGCCUAAAAAUGAGUUUUAACCGUGCUUUUUUGUUUGAAAUAUCAUUAAAUAUAGUUCCUGUACCUCAGAAUUCCUGCCAUUGCUAGGCAACAUCUAGUUAAAAUGGUGUGGAGUGCGUUUCACAAAGAAAUCUCACUGAUUUCACUGAGUCUUAAACAUACUCAACUUACAAGAAUAGAUAAUAGAGCUAUCGCUACGUAAUGUAGCUCUCUCUCUCCCUCACACAGGCUGCCUCUCUCUCCGCCUCCCUCUGUCUCACACACACACACACACACACACACACGUAUACAUUUGCUCUCUAUCAUUGUUGCAGUUCAAUUCAAUUCAGUGGGGCUUUAUUGGCAUGGGAAACAGACGUUUACAGUGCAAAAGCAAGUGUAUAAUAAAAACAUGUACAUAAACAGAAGAAUUGUGCUAUUAAAAAUAUAUAUAUAUAUAGAGAUAAGUAAAAUAAGUAUAAAUGUAGACUUGAAGUUGAGUGAGAACUCUAAACACUGCAACUUUUUUUAAUGUGUGCAAUUGUGUGUUCGUGUUUGUGUCUGUGUGAGUGCAUGCAUAUGCUGUGUGUGUCUAGGUCACUCACUGUCCUUCAGUUUGUGGCAAGUUGAUACAUAUUGGGCAGCGAGAUAUGCCCUGUCUCCUUCUCUCAGGAGUAUUUUUCAUUUUCAGAGGUCAUUUAGCUCUUUGAAAUUUGAGAUUACUUGUUAAAGUAAAUGUUCCUUAUUGC